AUGAGUGACAGCACAAAGAGGGGAGGGCUCAUGCAGGAUAAAGGCAGAAAUUGUGUCAGGAAGGGAGGACUGCCAACCAGAAACCUGAGACAGGCACUGAUGGCAGAGAUGGAAAAUGUGUCGUAUGUACCUUUGAAGCAGCCCAUCGUGUUCACAGUGGAAGGCUUCAUCAUAACCAGGCAGCAGGGGUACCCCCUGUUUUUGGUCUCUCUCAUCGUGUAUGCUGUGAUGCUGCUGGGAAACAUCACCGUGGUUACAGUGAUAGCCACGGAUGUCAAACUCCACAAGCCCAUGUACGUGAUGAUGUGCAACCUGGCAGCAUGCGAUCUGCUCGGGGGCACGACAGUCAUGGCCCAGCUGAUGCCACACUUCUUAACAGGGUACAACACCAUCGGCUACACAGCGGCCAUUUUCCAGGUCUUCGUUGUGCACACAUACAGCUUGGCCGUCGCCACCAUUCUGUCAGCCAUGGCAUAUGACCGCUAUGUGGCCAUCUGUCAGCCGCUGCACUACCACACCAUCAUGACCACUAGGAAGCUGGUUUCACUGUGUUUCCUGGUCUGGUUCAUCGUGUUCUGCCUGGUCGCGAUCCUCCUCAUUCUGAAUGGGGCAACACCACUGUGUGGGACGUUGAUCACACACGUCUACUGCAGUAAUGGAGCCAUUCUGAGGCUGGCGUGCAUACCCACCCCCAUCAUCAACAUCUACGAAAUGUGUUCGAUUUGGUUCUUAAGAUCGGGCUGCUUCCUAAUUAUAGCCUUUUCCUAUGCAAAGAUCCUCCAAACGUGUGUCAUCAAAAGGGAGAAAAACAGUCGGAGCAAGGCCAUACAGACGUGCGCCUCCCAUCUGACCAUUUAUAUCCUCUUUGAGGUCUCCGGGUUCAUCAUUGUCUUGGCCUACAGGCUGCAAGAGAUCAGCCCCAAUGCCAGGAAGUUCUGCGCCAUUAUUACGUUCAUUGUGCCCCCCACGAUCAACCCAAUCAUCUAUGGCAUCGCCACGACAGACAUUCGCACAAGCAUUGUGAAGCUUUUCAAAUCCACAGUCUCGCCGAAAAUAGGGAAUCUGGCAAGUAUCACCCAGUUAUCUACAUAACAUUUUUAAAAUAUUUUUUUUUUAGGUUGAGGAAAGUUUAAAUGUUUUCUUUUCAUCGCAAUGGUGUCUCUAAAACAUUUCCCUACAGAAAUAAGUCUCAGGUGGACCUUUUUUCAAACAGCAGUAAAAUAAAGGCUGGUCAAAACAAUUAUCACUGUGCAAAACUUGCUACAGCACUGUUAUUCUCCACACCCUUCCAAGAGUUCACUGUAUCAUUGUAAAGAGUCUCAAUAAAGUUUAGUGCCAGCUGGGCAGAGGACACUUGAGGUGAAGUCCUACACUGGAUUUUCUUUGCUGAUCAGGAUGCUCAUUUCCUGUAUUGUUCUGGCACAAUGUGAACCAUCCUCCAUCUUUUUUUCCUUAUGAAUGUUUUGCAUUAUAAAAAGCACAUCUACAUUUUUAAAACAAAUAAGAAGCCAUGUACUUUUUUAAAUA